AUGGAUGCCGAGGGAGGCAAGCGGAAGCACAGCUUCAGGCAGCAGCCCAACAAGCGCGCAAAGGCCGAGGAUGGCAGCGCGCUCAAGACGGGCUUUGGCGCCAAGAUGCUGGCCAAAAUGGGCUACAAGGGCGAGGGAGGUCUGGGAAAGGAGGGUGGCGGUAUCGCGGAGCCCAUCCAGGUGGUGAAUCGCGGCACCAAGGGAGGAAUUGGCUCCGUGGCGGAGAAGAGCGAGCAACAGAAGCGCGAGGAGCGGCGCAAGGCUGAAGAGAGGGGCGAAAAGUAUGUCGACACGUCCGAGGAGGAGCGCGAAGAGAGGAAGAAGAGAAAGGCAAAGGCCAGAGGCGAGGCGCGGACCGCAGCCCCGCGACCCAAGAAGACGCUGUACGAGCUGGAGGCUGCUGGGAUGCAUGUCCCGCCUGUGCUGCAGUCCAUCAUCGACGCGACAACAGGCACGUCCACGCCCACGUCCGGCGUGUCGCUGCGCGGACCCGACAUUGUGCCAUUCGAAAACUCGCUACAGGCCCGCGUGCGGAGAGACCUGGCCAGCUUCUCGGAAGCCUUUGAACAACUGCAGAUUGAGUCGCAGUCGAUCCCGCCCCAGGAGUAUGCGCUGCAAAAGGAACUCGAGGCGUUGGAGCGCCAAAUGGACGAGCUCGAGGACCUGCACGCACGGAUCCAGUCAUUGCGUGCUGUGUCGUUUGAAGACGUCUGCAAAGGGCUGAAGAGCCUGCGCGCCGCAUAUCCCUCCAAGCCACUGCAUCGCGAGUCCAUUGCCCUCCUGCACCCACACUUUGCCAAGGCCGUCGCAUCAUGGGACCCGCUCGAGGACGCGUUGGAAGACAUGGCAGCAGCCUUUUCGGAAAUGGCCGACAUCAUACAGCCCCGAAGCAGGAGAAUUGUAUCCCAGGCCUACACGCAUCCUUCCGAAGCGCUGGUUAGUCGCAAUGCAAUCGAAGAGGAGGACACAAUCAAGCGCGGAACUACAUCGUCAUACGAGUCUAUGAUGCUGAAGCUGUGGCUCCCUACCAUGAGCUCAGCCGUAACGCAAUGGGACGUCAAGCAUCCACGGCCCAUGGUGCAUCUGGUCGAGGUGUGGGCGCCAGUGUUACCGCCCUUUAUCAGCAAGAGAGUGCUGGAGCAGGUGACACGCAAGCUGUCUACGUCUAUUCACGAAUGGAACCCUCGCAAGUUCAAGAAAAGCCCACACACGUGGGUCAUGGAGUGGCUGCCGUUCCUCAAGCCCGCCGAUCUGGACCCCAAGGGAUCAGGACUGGUUGCAGAGAUUAAGCGCAAGAUCCGGCACGCCCUACAGUCUAUGGAUAUCUCCAGGGGCCCGUUACCAGGAAUGGAGCAGUGGCGGAGGCUGUUUGGCGAGAGUGAGUUUGAGCACAUGCUUACGUCGCAUCUCGUCCCGCGCUUAGCCGCCCAUCUGCGAGACAACUUUGAGGUCAACCCUGCUGAGCAAGACCUGGCGCCGUUGGAGGCCGUGUUUGCAUGGAAGGGGCUCAUAUCGAACGAGACUAUUGGAGAGCUGCUCAAGACGCAGUUCUUCCCCAAGUUCCUGGAAAUUGUGCACCAGUGGCUGUCGAGCGAGGAGGUGGUGUUCAAGGAGGUGGAGACGUGGCUUGCGUGGUGGAAGAAUGACAUUCUGCAGGAUGACAUGAACGACCUGCCGUCUGUUGCUUCGGGCUGGAAUGAGGCGUACGCUCUUAUCAACCAGGCGCUGGAUCUGGGCGAGGCGAGGCUGACUGAUCUGCCGGCGCCGCAGAUGGAGAGCACCGAGGCGUCUGCAGAGAGCGCUCGACUGUCCAAGUCCACCGCCAAGGAGCCGCCCCGUCCGGCGCCGCAAGUGCAAGAGGCAACGUUCAAGGACGUGGUGGAGGAGUUUUGCGCAGAGGAGAAUCUGCUCAUGAUCCCGCUGCGCGAGGCACACGACCAGACGGGGCUGCCUCUGUUCCGCAUCACAGCAAGCGCUACGGGACGGGGGGGUGCAGUGGCGUACCUCAAGGGCGAUGUGUUGUGGGUGCAGAACAAAAAGGACAAGAGUGUGUGGGAGCCGACGGGGUUGGACCAAGCACUGAUUGCCAAGGCCGAGGGCAAGUGA